AUAAGCUAUCCGAAACGGAAAUGCCAACGCAACUGUGUACAGCUUUGGACGGACCAGGUUUUCUGUUAUUUUGAUUUCUAAUAGCCAAUCAGUUUAUUAUCCGAGGUCGAUUCGUCUACACUAAAUAAUCGCUCAGUUGGUGCCUUUUAGUAAACAAGUUUCGCUCAUGUGCGUAUUAAACAAAAGUGGGUGUUAGUGAUACGCGUCAGUUUUGCCGUUUUUUUUGGGACACAUGAAAAGGGUACCGUCGCCGUAUGUGAAGUAUGUUGCCAUUUCUGAUCUUGAAUCCAAGGCCGUCUCACUCAAUCGCUACUUACACAACUUUCGACAUCCACUAAUGUUGUAAAUAAAUGGAUGAUGCAAGCUACAGCAACGGAUCCGGAAUAUCGUCUGUGACAUCGGAUGACAGCGACAUGAUUGAUAUUACGACAUCGACGGCUGCCGGAGACAGGAAUGCGGCAACUAGGUCACAAGACGAUGACGAUGGCAAUUUGCAGUACUCGGUGGGAUUCAGUAAUAUGCUCGAAUCCGGCGAUAUACCAGGAAUCGGCCAGUACGAUGACUUCCACACGAUCGACUGGCAACGGGACAUUGCUCGCGAUCGCAUGCGACACCGGUACAUCGUGAAGAAGAAGCAGGAUUCCAUAUGGACGCUGCUUGCCGGAGCGCACGACGCGUGGUCCGGGUGGCUCUGUGUGCUGUUAGUGGGCCUGGCGACCGGCGCCGUCGCCGGCGUCAUAGACAUCGGUGCCACGUGGAUGACCGACUUGAAGUUUGGCAUUUGCCCGCAGGCCUUCUGGCUGAAUCAGGAGCAUUGCUGUUGGUCGCCGAGCGAGGCUGAUCUCGACUCGGGAAACUGUUCACAGUGGAAGACAUGGGCCGAAAUUCUGGGACACUCGUCGAAAGGAGCGGGGGCGUAUAUUAUUUCCUACCUAUUUUACAUAGUUUGGGCACUACUGUUCGCGGCGCUCUCGGCUUCCCUCGUGCGCAUGUUCGCGCCCUACGCCUGCGGAUCAGGUAUUCCCGAGAUUAAAACGAUACUUAGCGGAUUUAUCAUCAGGGGCUAUCUAGGGAAGUGGACCCUGAUUAUAAAGUGCGUGGGCCUUAUAUUGUCCGUCUCGGCGGGUCUCAGUCUCGGAAAGGAAGGUCCGAUGGUUCACAUAGCGUGCGCCAUAGGUAAUAUUCUGUCGUACCUUUUUCCGAAGUAUGGACGAAACGAGGCGAAGAAGCGGGAGAUUCUAUCCGCUGCGGCUGCCGCCGGCGUGUCGGUGGCCUUUGGUGCACCUAUCGGUGGAGUCUUAUUCAGUUUGGAAGAAGUGAGCUACUAUUUCCCACUUAAAACCUUGUGGAGAUCAUUCUUUUGCGCCCUGAUCGCCGCCUUCAUAUUGAGAUCAAUAAAUCCCUUUGGCAACGAGCACUCGGUACUGUUCUUCGUCGAGUACAACAAACCGUGGAUAUUCUUCGAACUGAUACCGUUCAUCGCGCUAGGAAUAAUUGGAGGCGUAAUCGCCACAAUCUUCAUAAAGGCGAACUUGUACUGGUGUCGCUAUCGUAAGUACUCGAAGUUGGGACAGUAUCCCGUCACUGAGGUACUGGUCGUUACGGUAAUUACGGCGGUAUUCGCCUAUCCCAAUCCGUACACGCGGAUGAAUACUAGUCAAUUGAUUUAUUUAUUGUUCAGUCAGUGUGGCAUAUCGAAUUCGGACGAUUUAUGCGAUUAUAAUCGUAAUUUUACCGACGUUAAUUCCAUUGAAAUUGCUGCUGCGGGGGAUGGCGUAUACAGAGCCGUCUGGCUUUUAAUCCUCGCGCUAGUUUUCAAAUUAAUUAUGACGAUAUUUACGUUUGGUAUGAAAGUUCCUUGUGGUCUCUUCAUUCCGAGCCUGUGCCUCGGCGCCAUCGUGGGAAGGCUAGUCGGUAUAUUCGUGGAGCAAGUCGCGUACACGUACCAGAAGAAUUGGAUAUUUAGCGGGGAGUGCUCGACGGGAGACGACUGCAUAACGCCCGGCCUGUACGCGAUGGUCGGCGCGGCCGCUGUUUUAGGUGGAGUUACUCGAAUGACCGUCUCCCUAGUGGUGAUUAUGUUCGAGUUAACCGGCGGCGUUAGGUAUAUCGUGCCGCUGAUGGCAGCUGCUAUGGCAAGCAAAUGGGUGGGAGACGCGCUCGGCCGUCAGGGUAUCUACGACGCCCAUAUUGCUUUGAAUGGUUAUCCGUUUUUGGAUUCCAAAGAUGAAUUCGCGCAUACGUCUUUAGCUGCCGAUGUAAUGCAACCAAAACGUAAUGAAACAUUGAGCGUAAUAACACAGGACUCAAUGACAUUGGACGACAUAGAGCAGCUACUGAAGGAGACCGAGCACAACGGUUACCCGAUUGUGGUAUCGAGAGAAUCGCAGUACCUAGUUGGAUUCGUUUUACGUAGGGAUCUCAAUUUAGCAAUAGCGAACGAAAAACGGAUGGUGGACGGUAUCUGUGGUCAAUCGCUCGUUUUGUUCACAAGCGGACACACGAUCCAGGCGCUCGGACCGCCGCCCCUCAAACUGAAGAGGAUAUUGGACAUGGCGCCUAUUACGAUUACGGAUCAAACGCCGAUGGAGACCAUAGUCGAUAUGUUCCGAAAGUUGGGUUUGAGACAAACGCUUGUAACACACAACGGUCGUCUACUGGGCGUCAUCACGAAGAAAGAUGUACUUCGCCACGUCAAACAGAUGGAUAACGAGGAUCCGAGUUCAGUUUUAUUUAAUUAGAGAUUAAAAUUUUAAUAUAAUUAUACGUAUGGCUACGAAGUAUAAAGGAGAGUCGUAUGAUGAGAUUAAGUAUUUUUUUAAAUCACUUUCUAUUGCAGCUAUUUUAAUUGUCUGUUAACGGUUAGAAAGGGUGAUCCACGAGAUUAAUUUUAGUUUGUAUUCAUUUCGUCUUCCUACAACAUAUUAUAGUCACUGUAAGUAUAUGUUUUAGCAUUAUUAUUAUUAUCAUCAAUUGUGUACACUAUGAUUAAGUCAAAUCAAUGCUCAUAUAAUUAUUUAAUAAAGGUUUUUAUAAACAGCAA